UCACUGUGCUUGCAAGAAACAGUUUGUUUCCUUCCUCGUUAAAUUUAAUUGCACUGAAAAAAGUGGAGGAACAAGUUAUGGUGUUCGAAAGUGAAAUAAACGAUAAAUUGAUUUCAACGUAGUAUUAAAUUAUUCGAUACUGAUCAUGAUAUAUUAAACGGUAGUAAAGUAAGUUUUAUUGCAGUGACUGAAAAACGAAUAGUAACAUUAAUCGAAAACAGUGGAAUCUUCAAUAUUCAAAUUAUGCACUCAGAAAUGUGUGUAGUUCUUUGGGUAACAUGGGAUCGGAACGAAGUUUUUCAUCGACGCGUAACAUUAAGAUACAAGAUGAAGUACCUCCAAAUGUUCCAUUCCCCUGCAAUGUCACAGGUGGCAGGUCUACAGAGGUACCCGAAUCGGUUCAUCGUUUGAGGCCAGGUGAUAUAGAUGUAAUCGCCGCGAUGGGUGAUUCUUUGACGGCUGGUACUGGAGUGUUUUCAAACAAUCUACUCGAAAUUGUCGUUGAAAGCAGAGGUGCCGCAGGGACUAUCGGCGGCCAAGGAACUUGGCGAACAUUUCUAACACUCCCCAAUAUGAUCAAGGAAUUCAACCCAAAUUUGAUAGGUUACUCGUUUGGCAAUGGUCUACAUUUUCACGAGGCUUCGCAGUUGAACGCCGCCGAAAUUGGUGCAAUGUCCGGAGACAUGCCCUUCAUGGCUAAAUAUCUAGUCAAUAAAAUAAAAAGUAAUCCGAGGAUCGAUGUUAAGAAACAUUGGAAGCUGAUUACAUUGAUGAUUGGAAGCAAUGAUUUUUGCCUGCAACUGUGCUCGGUGCCUUCCCCAUGGUCGCUCUUGAAAGCUCACGAAGAGGAUAUGGUUAGGACUCUGAGGAUACUGAGGGACAAUUUGCCAAGGACUUUCGUUGCUCUUAUUCCACCUCCUCACUUGAAAGCACUUGUUGAUACUCGCAACAGAAGGAAUUUUAUAGACUGCUACUUCACGACAACCAUGGAAUGUCCCUGUUUGUUUGGAUUGCAAUAUCGAGAUCGAUUACAGGAAUAUUAUGAGAUAAUGAGAAGGUGGCAGGAAUUGGAUGAACAGAUCGCCGAAUAUUCAGAAUUUCAUACGAAAGAUUUCACUGUAGAAGCCGAGCUUGCUCUUACACAUGCAUUUAUACCUCUAGCUCGUGAUGGAUUCGUAGAUUUAUCGUAUCUUGCUGCUGACUGUUUUCAUAUAAGCCAAAAAACAAAUGCGCUUUAUGGCAAUAUUGUAUGGAACAAUUUGCUAGAACCGUAUGGUAAUAAGAGCAAAGCCUGGACUCCACCAUAUGAAAGGAUUUUGUGUCCUACACCGGAAAGACCGUUCCUAACGACUCGUCAGAAUUCGUGGAAGAAUAACAAGCUCCGAUAACAAUAGUUCCUUUAGAUAAAAAAAAAAACUUUUACUUACAAAAGGAUACGAUUAAACAUUGCAUUAUUCUCAGAUAUACGAUAGAACCUUGAUUAACACUAGGUUUACGAAGAUUUCUUAUCAGAUUUCUCUUACUGAAGUGACGCUUUAAUAAGUGAAGUCGAUUUACUAAAAUUAACCCUUUGACCGCGGGACGAUUUUUGCUGGAAGUUCUACGGGGUACGCCCAACUAAGCGAAAUUUUUAAAUUCAUCAAAUCAAUGUUUGAAUUUUUCACCAUCUCCUUAUAGAGAAUUACAAGACGAUUUUUUUUUUAUAUUUACAGUUUAUUCAUCCGACAUUUUGUUUCAAAAGUAAAAAAUGAAAACUUAGAAAUCCUUUCUCCCGAAAUUCAAUUAGAUUUUAAAGUAUGAGUCGUUGUAAUUUGACCGGAUGUCAUGUACUAAUCCAUCAAAAAAUCGGAAAUUCAUUGCCGUUUAUAAAUACUCGAUUGCAAAUAACUAACUGCCAGCUAACGAUGCUUUUCAUUUUCACUGUUAAAAAGUAUCGAGGAAAGUUUGCGUUCCAAAUAACUUCCAGUAAGACGCUCCAUAAACCUAUUGUUAAUGCAACCUUUAAACUGAUAAAUAACCAAACUGAAUUUCUGUUAUCCAUUUGUCUACCAUCCAAUCUACCAUUGGUUAUUAUUUAAACUCAACGAAAUCUUGUCACGAAAAUAGAAUCGAGUAAAGAGGAAAUAUUAAAUCCCAUUUUGAAUUAGGAAAAACGGACAAUCACAAUACGCUUUAAGUGUCAAGGAGUUUUCGUUGCGAUAAUUAAAUGAGUAACCUGGAUAUUUCAAGGAAAAUUAUUGA